AUGGCGCAGCGCGCGAAGGAACUCAUGGAGCAACUGGAGACCGAUGCCGUCGGCAUUUUGGACGCGCGGCUGACGGAGGAAGAGAAGAUCCAAGUUCGCUCCCGGGGGAUCCCCGUCCUCUUCUACAGCACAGCAGGCAUCCGCGACUUCCACAAGAAGUGGUACCGCGAAGCCCUCUUUGUCGUCCUGCGCGCCGUCAUCAACGAACCCACACAUGAGCUCGGAUACAAGUUCUUCACCAACACGCACUGGUCGCAUCCCAUCACAGGUGCUAAGGAGGGGUUCUACGCAUUCCUCACGCUCAAUCCUCCCGAAGCGGCUGGGAGAAGACGCGACGACGUGCUACCUCGAUGA